GUAGAAGUAGGUCAACUACAACUUAUGAGAAACUUGGUAGCAGAAAUGGUAAGACAUAUUCGGUCUUCAGCGGUAGAAAGUCGAAGCGCAGGUGUAUCUAGUGUUCGGCAAAUGAUGGCAGGUACAAGAAUUAGUGAUACAAGUCCAACUGAAUCUCCAAAUGAAGAUGGGGGAAAUAUGGGCAACCAGACCAGACCACAACCCGAAGUAGAAAAUCCUCAACCUGGUCCAAGCUCAAGUACUGAUCAACCAGGCCCUACUGCAGGCACUAGUACAGGAACUUCGCGUCGCAGUAUGAAUAGAAAAACUUAUCCACCUUCCAGAUAUGUGAGAUUACCCAGAAGUAGUCCUAGACGGUCAUUAGUUAAUUGGUUUGCCAGAUAUGCCCCAUCUCGGGGAGAACGCGGUAAUAGACAAAGUAGAAGUGGGUCAGCUCGUCCGCCUCCAGUACCUACUUCUAACAUAGGAUCACAUAAUGUAUUCAACUACACAACUAUCAGUCCUUCCACGUUAACCCUAAUGACAAGACGGUAAGAUUUUGCCCAACUUUAGUUUAUAAAA